AUGGCCAAAAGACGGGCCGAUAUUGAGUUGAAUCAAGAUAACUGGGAUGAUGAUUUGAGAGCUACUACUAAGGGAAACUUCGAUAAAGCAGACAAGGACAUUAUUUCACAAAGAAAAAUUUUGACAGCACGUACUAACAGAACAUCUAGUGGAACGUCUGGACUAUUUAAAUCAUUUACCGCUUUUUCUGACUGCUCAAGUGGAAACCCAGUAUCAUUCGAUUUCGGACUCAAACAUUCAAGUGUUAAAGAGAAUGGCCAUAAGGAUGAAGAGACUGAGUAUCUUGAACACCUACAAACUCUCAAUCAGAGCUUACUCGAAUGGAUAACAAAACACAUUAAAGAAGACCCAUUUUGUAUUCUCAGCCCGAUAUUCUCCGAUUACGACAAACAUUUAUCGGGAAUCAACUCUAAAUUUCCCAAACAAUCAUUAGUAGGUGCGGUUUCACUGCCGGAGAAAAAAGAAGCUGGCAGUCACUCAAUUGCCAAAACAUCUGAAGUUAUUGAGACUCCGGUCAAGAGUGCACCAAAUCCCGUUUUCUUUUUCGGCAAUUCCAUACCAAAACCCACACCUAUAUCUUCUGGCUCUUCGACUGAUUCUACAGAUAAGAAACCUAUAUUUUCAUUUGGGUUGCCGCCUAUCACGACAACUAGUACUAAUUUCACUCAGUCGCUUUUUCAGUUUCCCAGCGUCUCUAGUUUUUCACAAAAACCUGUGAAUCUCGAUCCUAAACAGAACACUAGUAAUCAACAAGGGGAUGAUGACGACGAGGAAUAUAUUCCUCCCAAACCAGAGGUUAAAGAUUUCAAAGAAGAUGGGUCAGUUUUCACUACAAGGUGUAAAUUAUUCUACAAAGCGGAUAGUGAGUGGAAAGAGCGUGGACUUGGAAAUUUAUUCAUCAAACCAACGACAAACGAUAAAUUUCAAUUACUCAUCCGAGCUGAUACUAAUCUCGGCAAUAUAUUGCUAAAUAUACUGGUUACAAAAGAUGUGCCUAUUAAACAACAGAAAAACAACUUGACUUUAGUUUGUAUCCCUUCACCACCUUUACCAUCGCAGGCUAAAUCGUCCCUUACCAACGAAGAAGAUAAUGGGCAACCAAAACCAGUUCCAAUGUUGAUACGUGUGAAAACUGAAGAGGGAGCUACAGAGUUACUAAGUCAAAUGGAUUUGCACAGGGGUGUCUCAACGAAGUCAUAA